GUGCUUGUUUACGCGCGGUCGCCAGCUGGUCAAGCGAAAGCAAUUUAUUUUUAGAAAAAUGAAUCUAUGAGUUACCUAAAUAAGUUAUCGCUAUGGCAAUUUCUAAGCUUUUAGCUCCUCUGAACUGCGCUCACCUAUGCAUCGUCAAGGUGAAACCAGUGAAACGGCAAUUUUUCAACACUGGACCCCUUCGAGUGGGCUACGCUGCUUUGACGGAUUUGAUCGGGCACUCUCUGUCACAAUAUUUACCUUUUGAGGCUGAUAUGGAAUUGAGAGCUUUGCCAGCGGACGUUAUAAGCAAGUUAAGAUCGGGUGUAGCGAUCGUGAGCAUCGCACACUGCAUGGAAGAGGUUGUGUUGAACUCCUUGGACGCUGGAGCUACUUGCGUUGCCGUUCGCCUGAAUUUGCCUUACCACAAAGUCCAAGUUGUCGACAACGGCCAUGGAAUGUCCAGAGAACAACUUUCCGUGUGCGGUGAGAGGUACUCUACAAGUAAGUGUCGUACCCUUUCGGACCUGGAGCAUCCAAAGUUUUAUGGGUACAGAGGCGAAGCCAUUGCAAGCCUUGUAGAGAUGUCUGGUAUGCUUCAGAUCGAAUCCAGAGCUGCAGGAUCAGAUGAAUCUCACUGCAAAAUCUUCACACGGGGCCAUAUGCAGGAGCUCUCGAGCAGCUCAUCUAAGAGACCUAGCGUUGGAACAACAGUCACAGUUCUAGAUUUUAUGUUUAAUUUGCCCGUGAGGAGGAGUUCGGUGUCGGAAACGAUCGACUUCGAAUUCUGCUUGCAACUUCUUGAAGGACUUGCGCUCAGCCAUCCAGAAGUGUCGUUUUCUCUCCGUGAUGACAUCAGCGGUGAGAUCCGCUUUCAGGCACACAAAUCAGAAUCAGUCCUCGAAACAUUCUCCCAGUUGUUUGGGAAACAAAAAGCUGCAUCCUUGAAGCAUGCCACCCUAAACAAAAAGAAGUUUGCUAUACAAGCUUAUUUGAGUAUGGAAGGCCACACAACAAGAUGUCUACAGUUUGCUUACCUUAACAAGCGCUUACUACUCAAGACACGCAUUCACAAACUCUUUCACAAUGUUCUCAAAAAGUAUGUCCUCAAGUAUCAGACAUUGCCGGGUCUGCCCACGAGCCCAACGAAGUUGAGAAACAAGCAUCCCAUAUUUGUUGUUUUUGUCAAGUGCCUCACCAAGACGUAUGACAUCACAUUUGAGCCUCGAAAGACACUUGUCGAGUUUGCAAACUGGGACACUGUGACGAAAGCAUUUGAAUGUCUCCUCAACGGCUUCUUGCGUGAACACAAGAUUAUCAGCCACAAUUUUGUCUUGUCGGGCGACUUGCCCUUUUCACAGAAGACAACCCCUGAAAAAGCUGAAAUGCAGUUUCUGACAAGGAAAAUUGAUGGUGAUAUAAACGUGGAUGAAGUUCCGAAUGCUCUACUUUCCAUGAAAGCAUUUAGGAACAGGCAUCAGGAUGUUAACAUAUCAGAAGUGGAUGCCAAGAUGAUGUCAGAAGCAGAGUCCGUGUUAGAAGGCCAGGCCGAAAAUGAAGACCGUCCAUUUAUAAGUGCCGAAAAAAGUUGCAGGACACAGACUGUUACAUCAGAGAAGUCAUCAGUGGAAAAGAAAUGUGCCUCACUUCGACAAGAACUGCACCUUCCAGAUGCUGCAAUCAUGCUGCCACCCACCUUCUCAAACACCUCACAAAACAGAGUUCAGCUGCACGUUUCGAAGAAAAGCUCAUUCAUCAACAUCGCCCAUAGAUUCAGAUUUGACAGGAGGGACAAGCAGAUUCAGAGCUCUAAUGCCUGCAAGAACAAAAGGCAGCAUGGAGGACGACACUGUUCCACGAGAGUUCCUGGCUCCGUCACUGGUCCAGGCACUUGUUCUAAGCAGAGGGAUCAUGUGCCCGAAAGUAUAAAGGCACUAGCAGAUCAAUCUUCUAGGAUCUUGAAAAGAGAGGACAAGCAGAUUCAGAGCUCCAUUGCCUGCAAGGAGAAGAGGCAGCAUGGAAGACAACACUGUUCCACGAGAGUUCUUGGCUCCGUCACUGGUCCAGGCACUUGUUCUAAGCAGAAGGAUCAUAUGCCUGAAAGUAUGGAGGCGCUAGCAGCUCAAUCUCCUAGGAUUUUGAACAGACAGGACACUCGGAAUAUCCCAAACAUAAGGAUAGAGCCCAGGGUCCCUCCUGUGUGUCUGACUGUUUGCAACCCAACACCACUUGCAACAAAACUAAGAAGAAAGAUGACGAAAAUCUCAAAGGAAACCUCUGGUACAGGCAAGAUUUCUGCUCAAGAGGUGCCACGACCCUACUUUGUGGGGCAGCAGGAGUUGGUGCCCAAUCAGGACAGUGGGAUCAUCAGCAAGCUAGCAACAACAACACCAACAUAUCCUUGCACAACAGAAUCCUUUCUCAAUGCAGCGCAGGAUGUCUUUGCUAAAGAAAUCGAUACACAUGCAUGUCCAGCUGCAACAGAGACCUUCGUUAUUCCCAGCAAAAUCUCAAGACUGGAGAGGCAAGAGGAUGCACGGGAGCUUAUUUCUGGGUCUGGGCCUCGCAAAGAAAUUGUCUCGCAGGCAGGGCAAGUACAGACAAGCCAGCCAUUUGUUACCACGCAGGAAUUUGAUGUGUCACACUUGCAGCAAAGUAUUGAGACAGAAGAUGGUACCUUGGGAAGUGUUGAAGACCCUCGGUCUUGUAGCGUCAUUCAGCUGGGGACUGACAGUCAUCAUGAUUCCAGUGCUUCAGCAUCAGAAGAUGAAGUAGCUGUCGCAGGAAGAACUCUCUUGCACUUCGAAUCUGAAGACUGGAGUGCUGAGUCAUGCUCAGCGGUUCAGGAUCAGAGUUUGCACAGUCAUUUUUCCAAAGAAGUAUGCUCUGUAAUACAGUGUGGUCAGAGCCUGAAAGAGACUCCAGCCAUUAACACUGCACAGUCUUUCUUCCAGUGUAACACACUUGAAUUGAACUCCAAAAAUUGGGCUGUGGCUGGUCAUAAAGUUCAGAGUGAUGGUUCACCUCAGGGUGGUGUUGAUGGCAGCAAGAAGACUACAGACAGUUAUAGGUCUGACCAGCAACUGUCAUUGAAGGCCAGUAACACUCUGGGAAACCGUUUAAUUUCACUUUUAGACGAACAGAGCCUGGAAAACAUGGAGACUGACGAAAAACUUGAAGGUUUAACACAGGUGUCACCAGUGAGUGCAGGGGAGUUAGACUCUGUCACAUCUAAGGAAGAGCUCCAAUCUGAAGUGUCAGAUAAGAAAUGUCUGCAUCAGGAGGAUGAGUGUGGAGGAACCUAUGAGGAAAUCAAGUGUGUUGAAGGCAUUCAACAGGAAGAAGAGCAUGGCACCAUGUACGCUGGCAACUGGAUGGCAUGGGUGGAUGUAACUUCAGGACAGACAAUGUACAUCAAUGUGACAUCGGGAAACUCUGCCUUUGCACCACUACCAUGCUUCAAGGAGGAUCAUCAGGGGGCAAGGGAAUUGCCGAUUUUGGACAUGACACUGAGGGCUCUCCCUGGUCCCAGCCUGCUGCACUUUCCUCCAAGGCCGCAAGCAGAACGAGCACAGUUUGGAAGUUCUCCAGAUGCAAAGCACGCAAAUGUUGUGGACCUCGUCAAAGUGUGGAACAACCCAACGUUCACUCGCUGCUCACUGCAGGACGUUUUGGGUGCAGGACAGCAUGGCAAGAAUACCAGCAUGACUGCUUGCUAUGGGAUUACACAAUCUUACAAGUUUACCAAGGAAAUGCUCUCUCACGUCAAGGUGAUUGGUCAAGUUGAUGCCAAGUUCAUUGCGUGCCUCAUGCCCGUCUGUGACAAAGGAAUGUUUCAAGAGGACAGCUUGAUUGUAUUGUUUGACCAGCAUGCAGCUCACGAGAGGGCAAGGCUGGAGUGGCUCCUUGAAAACCAGUACAAAGACGGGCAGGGGAGUUCCCUGAAGUCGUCCAGCCUCAAACCUCCACUGAGCAUCGCUUUGGACCCUGACGUGGCAAGGCGAGCCGCCGUCUGCGAGAAGGAGCUGCGGAAACUUGGCGUCCAUUUUGGGGCCAUCGGCCAGCAGGGCCUGGUGUUGGAGCGCCUGCCAAGCUGCCUCAUUGAGAGGGAUGACAGCGAGCGCCGUUGUGGGAGACCCUCCACCAUCGCAACACAAGCUCAGGAGUUGCUCAGGGAGCACACCGAGGUGCUUCUGUCCACCAGGCGGAGUGCCAUCUCCCUUCCCAAGGUGCUCUUGGACGUCCUCAGCUCGCAAGCAUGUCGUGGUGCCAUCAAGUUUGGCAGCGUCCUGGACCUGUCGGAGUGCCGCAAGAUACUGGCAGCGCUGUCGCGGUGCAGCCUGCCCUUCCAGUGUGCACAUGGCCGACCGUCCCUGAGCCCGGUCGUUGACCUCCGCUUCCUGCCUCCAGACAAGGCUCCCAACAGACCCAACCUCGCCAAACUUCCAGGGAGGAUCGCCGCUCCCGCAAGCCAGGUGCAAGUUCCCUAGUUGCCCGACAAGAAGACUGUACAGUGUAACUGCCUCGAAAAUCAGAUCAAAAUGAAAUGUUUCAAUUUU